CUCAUUACGCUGGAGGCACCCAGUGUGUGUCAGCGUGUGUGUGUGUGUGUGCGCGCGCGCUAUAACGGUGGAUGGGCUCUGCUAUCUCUCAGCACAGGAUGGUUAUUUCUGCACUGGAAACGCAUGGAGUAGAGUAAAAGACUUGAAAACUGCCUGAUCAUGAAGUCCCGCUGGGCUGCUUUUGCCUCAUAUUUCAUUUUGUUGCCACUUACAGUGUGGGGCGAGCCGGUUAUCUCCCCCAGGGGGCCUCACGUUGUGGUUCCCAAGAGGGGCAAGCUGGAGCUGCGUUGCUAUGACAACAGCACCACGUCUGGAUCCCCGUCCAGGUUGAGGUGGCAGAAGGAGAAGGCUCGGCGGCUGGAGGGGGAAGCGGAGGAGGGCGGGGUGGCCUAUGUCAGGGUGUCCGCCGUGCAGCCGUACCACAUGGGGCGAUACGUGUGUGUCAACAAUGGCACGCUGGAGCACAGCUCCAUCUACGUCUACGUGAAAGACCCCCAGAAUCCUUUCCAGCGCACCAUGGUGAACAUCAUCCUGGUGCGAGCGGGUGAAAACGGCAUCAUUCCCUGUCUCGUGACCGACCCCGAGGUCACGCAGCUGAGCUUGGAGACGUGCGACGGACAGCCCCUGCCCUCUGGUUUGAGUUAUCGCAGCAGCCUUCAGAGAGGGAUCAUCAUCAGCAAUGCCAGAAAAGAAUAUGAGGGCUGUUACGUGUGUGUGGGGCAGCUGGAUGGAGUCAAAGUGACGUCCAGCCAGUACACUGUGGAUGUCCGACUCGUGCCAGAAAUGCCUCCAGUGAUCACACUAUCCAGAAAAGACACCGUCAUCCUGAGGAAAGGAGAGCAGUUUGAGCUCACCUGCAGCUCCUCCAACGUGAACCCGGACUUCAGUCUCACCUGGGAUUUCCCUGCAACAGCGGUGAGAACACUGAUGCCAAAUCAUCCCAAGGAGACGCAGAACUCCCACAUACUUGCCGGUUCCCGUGGUUAUCACCGCUCCACAUCGCUCACCAUCGCAGCCGUCAACCAGUCAGAUUCUGGGGUUUACUGCUGCUACGCCCACAAUGAGCGCGGCCGCAGCGAGGCGGAGGUUCAGCUGGAUGUGCGCGAUAAAGGCUUCAUCAGCCUGCUGGGGGGUCCGGGUCCGGUCCAGGCGGAGGUUAAAGAGGGGGAGAGUCUGAGUCUCAGGGUACAGUUUGAGGCCCAUCCCUCUCCCAGCUCCAUAUCCUGGUAUUACGACGGCAAACGACUCCUCAACACCUCCGAGCACGUUAUCACCGUCCACCGCCACAGAUACAGAUACACCAGUGAGCUGAGGCUCGUGAGGGUUCUGGGCUCGGAGGGCGGGAUCUAUAACUUCACAGCCAGUCAUGACGACGUCUCUGUUAUUCAUUCCUUCGGCGUGUAUGUCAACAGCAAGCCUGUUAUCAUUGCACAGGAAGGGCCUGUGGACGGACAGGUGAGAUGCAUCGCUGCAGGUUACCCCAUCCCGAAAAUCAGCUGGUACUUCUGCGAGGUGCCACGCACGAGGUGCUCCCAACUUCCGAAUGCCACCCAGUGGGAGAGCCCGGAGGUGGCCGUGCUGACGGAGUCGCCCUACGGCAAGAGCGAGGUGGAGAGCCGGCUGAAUGUCAGCAAGGAGCACGCUCACUUCCACACCCUGGAGUGUGUGGCGUCUACGGAAGGGGAAGAGGCCUACAAACUGUUCUCAAUCAGCGAACGCAUCGUCCCCCAUAAACUCUUCACGCCUCUUCUCAUCGGGAUGGUGGCUACUGGCGCCUUGCUCAGUCUCACUCUGAUGGUGCUGAUCUAUAAGUACAUGCAGAAACCAAAGUUUCAGAUCCAGUGGAAGGUCAUCGAGAGUAUUCAUGGGAACAACUACACAUACAUCGACACCAGCCAGCUGCCGUAUGACUCCAAGUGGGAGUUUUCCAGGCAGAAGUUGCGUUUCGGUAAAACUCUGGGCUCGGGAGCAUUUGGGAAGGUUGUGAGGGCCACAGCGUACGGACUGUGCUCGGCGGACACCGUCACAACCGUCGCUGUGAAGAUGCUGAAACCCAACGCUCACUCCACGGAGAAGGAGGCGCUCAUGUCGGAGCUGAAGGUCCUCAUUUAUCUGGGAAACCACAUGAACACCGUCAACCUGCUGGGAGCGUGCACCAUCGGAGGCCCAAUUUUGGUGAUCACUGAGUACUGUUGCUAUGGCGACCUCCUCAACUUCCUGCGAAGAAAACGAGAGUCCUUCCUAAACUCCCAGGUUGGAGAUGGUUACUAUCGCAACGUCCUGAACCAAGCGGAGAACUCAAGUCGAGAUGCAGCCGGUUCAGAUUAUAUGCCCAUGCAUCCCUCUGAGAAGGAACGUUCGUCUCAUUCAGAUGACAUUGACGAGCUGUCUCUGGACUCGGAAGAUCUCCUCAGUUUUUCCUACCAGGUGGCCAAAGGGAUGGAGUACGUUACUUCCAGGAAUUGCAUCCAUAGGGACAUUGCAGCCAGAAACAUUCUGCUGACUCACGGCAGGGUGGCGAAGAUCUGUGACUUUGGCUUGGCGCGAGACAUCAACACCGACGCCAGCUACGUGCUCCGCGGCAAUGCUCGUCUGCCGGUGAAGUGGAUGUCCCCCGAGAGCAUUUUCGACUGCGUCUACACCUUCGAGAGUGACGUGUGGUCCUAUGGCAUCCUCCUCUGGGAAAUCUUCUCUCUGGGCAAUAGCCCGUAUCCUGGGAUGCAGGUGGAUUCUACGUUUUAUAAGAGGAUUCAAGAAGGCUAUAGGAUGAACAGGCCUGAGUUUGCUCCGAAUGAGAUAUACGACAUCAUGCUGUCCUGCUGGAGCCACGACCCUGUCAAGAGGCCGUCCUUCAGAAAACUGGUGGAGAGGACUGAACUGCUGCUGUCAGAAAACACCAAGAACGUGUACCUGACGCUGAGCAAUGCCCCGGGUCACCCGGAGCAGCAGAGGGCGCCGUCGCGACGCCUCAGCUCGGUCUGCAGCACAACAGCCCCCAACCAGCCUUUACUGCAGCACACGGCCGACGUCUUCCUGGACUACGUCUGACACGAACACGCCGCCACCCGUGACACAACCCUCCCCUACCUCCCUGAUCGUUGUCGCUGACCCCCUCCCCCCCACCCCCAACCCCCCCACUCCACUACUAACAUCACUCAGACUAACUCCUGCGGGCUGGCCUUGCUGCGUCUCUCACACAAACACGCACAGUCGGAUAACACGCCUAACAGCGGCCUGCUCCGGGCCCUCAGCCUGCGCCCGCUCCUCUCGUCGGUGUAUUGAUCUCUGCGCUCGGUAUUUCAGGUGCACGUCUCUAUAUAUAAAGCUGACUCCUCACAGGCUGCGGCGCCCAUCAGCAAGUGGGAGGAGUUCUGUCUCGCAUCAGCCUUAGAUUACAUCUCAAGACGCCUUGUGGGAAAAAGACAAAAGGCGACAAGUACUUGUACAUAAAUGACUGGAGGGGAGAUUAUGUCGGAUCGGGGAGUGUCGGGAUGACAAUGCUGUAAUAUAUGUAUUGAAUUUGUUUGCUGCUGUGUAAGAAUGUUGUUGACAUUUUCGGAAAUCUACGCUCACCACGAGAACAUGCAGUCUCGCAUUAUUAAUGUUCUCGUCGACCUCUCAGCGGAAACAUUUCCCAAACUGUCAAUACUUGGGUUUUGUCUUCAUAACUGGAUUGGUGGGUGUUUUUCUCCCCACAAACAAACUUAAAAACUUGCUGUGGAAAGGCCGUAUGAUGAGAACGACUUCUGUCAAAGGUCAUCUUCAAGAAGCCUGAAGUGUCUUUGAACAGAAACAAAUGAGCCAUGAUGAAGAGGCAUGCAAGUGAUAAUCGCUGAUAUAAAAACAACAACUAUAGAGCCAUAAGUUACACGAACACUGAAUCCCACCUGUGUGCUGAAAGCUUUCCAAAUACAGUGACUUAUCCUAGGCUAACCGGUGUAUCGCUGUCUGUACGUUAUGGAUCAACUUGUCGUCUUUAGCAAAGCCGCCAUGGCCAGAGGUUUAGGACUGUUAGAGUGCUUUUUCCUUGAUUUCUGUUGGACAUGUAUGCAAUGUAAAUACAAUAGAGAUGUGCCUUUAGAUUUCCUUUUUUCUUUUCUUUUUUUUAAUAUUGGAUACGUUCGUGACUGUAAAUGUUGACGGGGUGGGAAGAGGAGCACUUCUGCUCUCUGGUUUUGAGGUUCCUGCAGUUUUGAUACAGUUGGUUUUGACUUGUUAUAAUAAAGGAAGUACCUGUGAUGGUAGAAACAA